AUGAGUUUAGAAUUAUUACCGAAUGAACUAUUACUGAAUCUAUUUCAAUAUUUCAAUAUUACUCAUCUAUUUCGUGCAUUUUAUGGUCUUAAUAUUCAUUUCAAUAAACUUCUUUUCUUUCAUUUUCAAGUUCGUGGUCAUUUUAAUUUUGAAUCAAUAUCCAAAACUCAUUUUGACAUCAUUUGUCAACAAUAUCUUCGAACACUUAUCGAUCAUGUCAUUUCAAUUCGUCUCUCUGAUAAUAAUGGAACACCUCAACAAAUAAAUCAUUUUCUUUCUUAUGGUUUUUUAUUUCAUCAAUUUACUUAUUUAAAAUUUCUUUCAUUAGGUUAUAUUGGUUCAGAACAAAUUAUGUAUAAUAUAAUAAUUGAUUUACAACAUCUUCAUCAUCUUACUCAUCUGAAAAUAGAUAAAUGUCAAGUUGAUGAUGAUUUAAUCAAUAAUGGAUGGAUUUUUAAUCAAAUUUGGAGUCUACCGAAAUUAACUCAUUGUCAUUUUGAACGAAAGCAAUAUUUAUGGAAUCCAUUUUUUAUUUCUCCACAAAAUAUAUCUUUAUCAAUAAAAUAUUUAUAUCUCGAAGGUUUUUGUUAUAAUUCCAAUGAAUUACAUCGUUUAUUUGAACAUACAAUUAAUCUUGAAAAUUUAACUAUUGAUAUUGAACAUAAUUAUGAUUAUCAAGAAAUUUUGUUUGAUAUUUCAUCAAUGAAAAAAUUAAAAAUUUUUGUUCAAUAUUCUCCACAUAUAACAAAUAAUCUAUUAAAAAAUUUGCCAAAUUUAACUCAUUUAACUAUUGAAUUAGCACAUAUUGUUAUUGAUGGAUAUCAAUGGGAACAGAUUAUAAAUAAUCAUUUAUUUAAUUUAAAAAUAUUUCAUUUUAAAAUGGAAUUUUAUCUUCGUUCAAAUAAUGAAAAAGAAGAACAAGUCAAUCAAUUACUUGAUUCAUUUCGUAGUCAAUUUUGGAUUAUUAAACAUCAAUGGUAUAUUCAAUGUCAUUGGUAUUUAUCGAAUAAACUUUAUAAAGCUUAUCUUUACACUUUACCAUAUUAUUAUAAGGAUUUUUCAAUUAAUUCAGAUGUACAGUUCAAAUCAACAUGUCCAAAUCAUGAAAUUCAUUGGUCUUAUAACAAUGUACAUAAUUUAUUUUUUAUUGAUUCAAUCAAUUCUUCCGUUAGAUUUCCUAAUCUUUAUAGUCUUAAGUUACAUCUUCCUUUUGAUGAUUCAUUUUGGUCUAUUGUUCCAAAUUUUAAUAAAUUAAUUUCAUUAAAUAUCAAACUAUCGAAAAUUGUUGUAAGUCAAUUACCAAUUGAAAAAUUACUUCAACGAGCUCCUUGUCUUUAUUCAUUAACAUUGUCUGAAUGUUUAUUUUCAUAUACAUUGUUAUUCAAUCUUACAAGUUCAUCGAUUCGUCGCCUUUGUCUAUUUGAAUUUGGAUGUUUUAAUGAAGAACAUUGUGAGAGUUUGAUACAUUCAUCAGUAGGAAUUCAAUGUGAAGAAUUAUUUAUUACUGUACAAGAACGAAAUAGCAUUGUUAAUCUAGUUAAUGGAAUGAAAAAUCUUCGAGUGUUAUAUGUUCGAUCUCAAGAUGAUAAAUGGCAAAGAAACGAUGAUGACCUAUCAACAGAAGAUAAACUUAUUAAAUGGUUAAAAGAUUGUUUAUCGAAGAGUUGUAUAAUUAUCAGAGGCAAUACUAAUGGUUUUGAUCAUAUUCAAAUGUGGAUUCGUUAA